AUGUUUUUCCAUAUCGUGAAGAAGUCCCUGGGAGCAGUGGCCGCUUUGGCUAAUGUCGGGUCCUGUCUCCUGAGGUUCGUCACCUCACCGUCGUUUGACUUCCUCGCGCUGGCUGAUUACACCAGAGAUGCCGUCUUCAUUGAGGGCUCGACGUUGACAGUGUCUGUGUCUGGACUGACUCCCGGUAAAGCAACAUCGAUGGUCCUGUUCCAAACGAACAUAACAAACGAUCAGGUGGAUCCCCAAGCCCGCUUCCUGGGGUACCAGCAAGUAUUUGGUGAAUGGCUCAUUGCUGUGGACCACAACGUAUUCGAUCUCUCAUUUUCGAACGUUUUCAUCCUCUCACUCUACAAGACGGGCUCCCUCGCUGCCGACACGAACAGCCAUUACUUCAAUAUAUCGACCGCCGAUGCUGCUGUUGGCACGGCUACGACUACCAGCAGUGCUGGUCGGCCUACCUCCGCCACCGUCGCUUCCAGUACCGCACUGUCAUCUCACAUCACUUCAUCAACAUCAGCCGCUGCUACACCGGCCAAUCAGCCCAUGGGCUUGGGGACAGGAGCCAAGGUCGGCGUUGGAGUCGCGAUCGUGGUGGCAGCUCUUGCAGGCCUCGGCGCCGGCUGCUUCCUGGUCAGAAGACGGCAACGACGCGAGGGUUCUCUUGCCUCUGCCGCUACACUGUACACAGUGCAGGAGGGCAGUGGAGAUGAGGGUUAUCUAGAAGCGGGUUCCACGGGAAAACCACAUUCUACGGUACAUUUGACAACCGAUACCUACCCCGGAUCGAAUAGGUAUGAUCAACGUGCGCACGAGAUGGGUGGUCUUGAAGUCAAGAAGAGCUAUACGUACGAGCUGUCUGCUUCAUCUAUGAGAUAG